UUCCGGUGUGUCAGAAGCGGCGUCUUCGUUGCUGCAGGAGGCCGAGGCUUUUGGUCUGGACGGAACCCUCAGGGCUUUCCGGCGGGAAUUAAGGCGCUCAGGCCGAAGGUGGAAGCCCUGAGGGUCUCGCGGGGGCUGUAUCUCUUGAGAGCGCGACCUACUUCCGGCCAGGGACCCCUUCUGUUUUGCUUGACCGGAAGUCCCUUGCUCCCUCCCCCAAAUCCGGAAGUAAGAGGGUUUUGUGCUGGAAUUGGUUCCUCUUCGACGGGGAAAUCCAGGAGGAUUGAAGGCAGCAUUUGACAAGGCAUCAUGGCAGAGCCAGAAAACCUCGAAGUGAUGGUGAAAACCUUGGACUCUCAGACAAGGACAUUCACAGUUGAGGAAGAGAUCACAGUGAAGGAAUUUAAGGAACAUAUUGCCAAUUCAGUCAGUAUCCCCUCAGAGAAGCAGCGUCUCAUCUAUCAAGGCAGAGUCCUGCAAGAUGACAAGAAGUUGAAAGAAUACAAUGUUGGAGGCAAAGUCAUUCACUUGGUGGAACGCGCACCUCCCCAGACACAGUCGCCUUCUUCAGGAGGUCCAUCUGGAGCUGGCUCAUCCUCUAUCCCUCACAAUGGUGCCGGCCCCCGAGGGACAGGCUCUACUGUCCACGAUCGCAAUGCCAACAGCUACGUCAUGGUGGGAACCUUCAACUUACCAGUAAGCAUUAUGGACCCGCAGCCACCCACGCAAAGCGAUGGAUCGUCUGUGGACGUUCAUAUAAAUAUGGACCAGGCUCCCAUACAGAGCGAGCCUCGUGUCCGUCUUGUGAUGGCCCAGCAUAUGUUACGGGACAUCCAGGGCAUCCUGAACCGGCUAGAGGGUCGUACUAACAGCCAGGCCCCAUCAGGGUCAGAGGAAAUGCCGUCCACCAGCCCCACUGAACAGGAGCCAAUGGAAGGGGCUGAAUCCGAGCCACCCAGUGAGCCCACUGUGGCAGAGGAGACUCCCCCAUCUGGGACUGAACCGCCCCCUGCAUCUGAACCUGCUGCACCCAAUCACCCCUCACCAAGUGAGUACGUGGAGAUACUGGGGGAACUCCGUGGGGUGGAGAGCCGGCUCCAGCCCUUCCUGCAAAGAUAUGAGGAGAUCCUAGGGACUGCUGGCACUGCAGAUUACAACAACAAUACUGAAGGCCGUGAAGAAGACCAGCGAAUUAUCAACCUUGUGGGGGAGUCUCUGCGCCUCCUAGGUAACACCUUUGUGGCGCUCUCUGACCUGCGCUGCAACCUCUCCUGUAAUGCCCCCCGCCACCUCCAUGUGGUGCGGCCCAUGUCCCACUACACAGCCCCUAUGGUGCUGCAGCAGGCUGCCAUCCCUAUCCAGAUUAAUGUUGGAACAACAGUCACCAUGACGGGUAAUGGCUCUCGAACUACUCAGAGCAGCUCAGAAGCGUCCACAGCUUCCCAGACCUCUCCUCCUGCUCAGCCAGCCACUUCCAGUCCUACCGAUGAUGGCCAUCCAUCCGAGGGGUCUCCUCCUGCUGCCUCCUCCCCAGGGGUCACUACUACUCAGACGCAGGCCUCCCAGACAGGCCACCCACGUGUGAUCCGCAUCUCACACCAGACAGUGGAGCCCGUGGUUAUGAUGCACAUGAAUAUACAGGAUUCUGGUUCUCAGAUGGGAGGGAGUAGCUCUAGUGGAGUGCCAUCAUCAGGAACUCCUGGGCCGGCUGGGCAUCCUCAAGGAAUGGGUGGUGGUGCUCACAUGCCCCUUCCUAGCCUCCCACCAGAGUUCAUGCAAGCUGUGGCCCAUCAGAUCACACAGCAAGCCAUGGCAGCUGCCGCCUCAGCUGCUGCAGGCCAACAAGUCCCAAGCUUCCAGUCCGCACCGACACGUGUUGUGAUUGCCAGGCCCUCAACGCCUUCUGUGCGGCCCACUCACCCGGGGUCGCCUCAGGCACCAGGACAAGGGGGUCCCACUCUGGGUGGAAAUGCUUCAUUGGCCCAGAUGAUCAGUGGCCUGGUGGGGCAGCUCCUCAUGCAGCCAGUCAUUGUAGCUCAGGGCAGUGGGGCAUCCUCGUCGGCCUCUUCUUCUGCCAGCACCCAAGCUACCUUCAGCACCAGCAAUUCCGCCUCUCCUCCUACUGCCUCAGCCAGUGCUGGUACAACCAACACAGCCACCACUGCAGCCGGGGGUAGCUCUGCUGGUGCCCCAGGAGGGCCCAUCCCUUCUGGCCAGCCUCCUUCAGCAGGUGCUGAGCUCCAGUUAUCCCAGCUGCUGGGGAACAUUUUUGGAGCUGCAGGCUCCACCAUGGCUGGUGUGGCUGGUGUGAGCUCCCCUACCAUCACUGUGGCUAUGCCAGGGGUACCUGCUUUCCUGCAAGGCAUGACAGAUUUCCUUCAGGCAACCCAGAUGGGGGCAGCACCCCCACACCCUCCUGAACAGGCUCCACCACCUCCUCCCCAACCAGCAGCCUCUCCACCCCCACCACCUCCCCCUUCAGCUCCACAGAGUGGGCCAGAGACACCUUCAAGUGGUGCGGGAAGUGGUGGAGUUCGCGGUAGCACCUCAGCAGAUGCUCCUCCUCCUGAGUUCUUCACUAGCGUAGUUCAGGGGGUACUGUCGUCCAUGAUGGGCUCACUCAGCGCCCAGCAGGGCUGCACUGAGAGCAUUGCUGACUUCAUCCAGCGUUUGAGUGGUACUAGCAACAUCUUUGAGCCGGGCACAGAGGGGGCUCUGGGCUUCUUUGGAGACCUGCUGUCUUUGAUCUGCCAGAACUUCUCCAUGGUGGACAUGGUGAUGCUGCUGCACGGGCAGUUCCAGCCCCUGCAGCGGAUCCAGCCCCAACUCAGCCGGUUCUUCCGGGAGGAAUAUCUGCAUGGGCAGGAGCCCACUGAGCGCAAUGUCCAGAUGGCCACUUACAACUUGAUUAACGGCUUGGAGGAGUACAUUCGCGAGAGCUUUGCCUCUGUCCGCGUUCAAGAUGGUGUCGAUAUCACCCGCACCAAUUUGGAGUUCUUGCAGGAACAGUUCAACCGCAUUGCUACGCACAUUCUACACUGCACCGAUAAUACCUUUGGAUACCGGCUACUGGAGCUGUGUAACCAGGGCCUGUUUGAGUGCUUGGCACUGAACCUCUACUGCUUGCGGGGGGAGCAGGGCGCCCUGACAGCCGUCAUCAAUGAUCGCAUUAGGCGGAUGUCGGCAGACAUGAAUCCCUCCUUGGUGAGCUGGCUCACUACCAUGAUGAGUAUGCGCUUGCAGGUCAUCCUGGAGCACAUGCCUGUCACAGAGGAACAGAUCCUGCACUAUGUCCGCAGGGUUGGUGAUCCUCCACAGCCUGCUCCCGAAGAGCCUAUGGAUCUCCAGGCUACAGAACAGGCGCAAGAAACCCUGCAGCGAGACAGUACAGCCUCCCCGGCUCCAGCCACAACAGCAGAGGAGGCCAUGCCCCAGCAGCGUGGGGAGCCGGAGCAUGAGGAACCCCAGCAAGGGGAACCCCCCGCCCCAGAGACAGAGCCUUGGGCUGCUUCCGUUCCCCCUGAGUGGGUGCCCAUCAUCCGCGAGGACAUUCAGACCCAACGCAAGCUCAAGCAGCAGCCUCCCCUCAGCGAUGCCUACCUGAGUGGCAUGCCAGCCAAGCGGCGCAAGACAAUGCAGGGUGAAGGACCCCAGCUGCUUCUGUCAGAAGCAGUGAACAAAGCGGCCAAAGUGGCUGGCGUGAAGCCUCUGACCAGCACAGAGAGUCUGAACCGGGAUCUGGCUGAACCAGCCUUGCAGGAAGGUUACCGGCAGCAGCUGAAAUCAGAUCUGCAGAAGCGACUACAAGCCGAUCCCAGCUUCACUCCCCAGCGGUUUCCCAAUGCUCAACAGGUCUUUGUGGCGGAGGACCCAUAGUAGCUGCUCUCCUAAGCCCUCCUGGCUCGGAGGCACAUCUUCUGCGGCUCCUUCCCUUUUUGAGCACGAUGCAGGCAGCCACUUCCUUCUCAGGCCAAAUAUUUAAGUUCCUUCCCACUUAUUCCCCCUCCCCAGUUGCUGCUGAUAUUAAUAAAGCCACUUCACCAGGGA